CCACCCUAUAUGUCAUUAGAUAGCAACACUGAGAAUUGUUUUGUUUAUAUUUUAGUGCAUCAUGCGAGUGCCAAGUCGAGUGGUGUGAUGUGUGGUACAAGGUAAUGCCAUCGCCCGUCAGGCGUCAAGUAUAGCGAAUGACGUUUCUCUUCGACACAGUUUUAUAAAAUUGAAAAAUACAUUGUGGUAACAAUCUCUUUCUAUAUGUAAGAUAUGUAGUGCAUAGUUGACGGGAAUUGAUUCUAUAUUGUACCGAUAGUUACGUAGUUGCGGCAAUUUGAAGCCGUUUAUUAUAAAGUCUCUAUUGAAUAGAUGGUUGUUAUGUCGGUGUUGUGCUAACUGGCAAACAAUAAAGCCAUAAAGUGAAUCAGGACUCAAGAAAUAAAAUCGCAGUUGCUGAAAGUACUCGAAGCCGUGUUGUCUAGACAGAAUAUAGUUUGGGAGCGACGAUGACGUACUAUAACUAUUAUGACGGCAGUAGGAUAUUCUUAUUCCUAUCAACCAGAAUUGGGCUUCCUUUAGACUUAGUAAAUUUUUUGAUCGCACAAGUAGCUGCACUAUGCCUGGCAAGACUGUUUCGAAAACCAUUAAGAUAUGCUUCGCCGGAAUUUCGACAUUCUGUGUGCCUUGUUAUAGGUUUAACGAUGGGGUAUUUCUGUUUUGGAAGACAAGCGAUCCAUUUAUCGGUGCUACCCAUGUUAACCUACACUAUGCUAAAGAGCGUUUCUCACAAAAUUAUGGGAAAUGUUAUUUUGGCGGUUUCAAUAAUAUACCUAUCGUGUAUUCAUUUACAUCGACAAAUAUACCAUACGGCUGACUAUACAUUAGAUAUAACAGGUCCGUUAAUGGUAAUCACUCAAAGAGUAACGUCAUUAGCUUACUCACUGCAGGACAGUUUAACUGUUAAAGAAAAACCUACAUCAGGAAACACAUCAGAAGCUAAUGGCGACCUCGUGAAAAUAGAGAAGAUACCGUCGCCGCUUGAAUACUUCGCAUUUACUUUAGCCUUCCAAACGUUAAUGUGUGGACCAGUAGUGUUUUACUCUGACUAUAUUAAAUUUAUUGAAGGUGCGCGCAUCGAUGAGUUCGAAAAAUCAAAAGAUGCCACGGAACCAUCGCCGCGUCGCGCUGUGUUUUACAAAGUAUGCGGUUCAUUGGCCGCUGCCUUAUUAUAUUUAACAUUGGCUAAGAAAUAUCCUUUGGCUGUUUUAGAAGAAUUGACGGACCCUUCAUCAGAAGUGUCGCGGUCAUGGUCAGCCCUGUACUUGCUUUGGUACGCGUAUCUGUCAACCCUAGUAGUGAGGUGCAAGUAUUAUCACGCCUGGUUGCUGUCUGAAGCAAUCUGCAAUAACUGUGGAAUGGGUUUCAAUGGCUACAACAAAGACGGCUCUCCUAAAUGGGACAAAAUGUCUAACAUCGAUAUUUUUGGAUUUGAGUUUGCACAAAACUUCCGUGUAGCUAUCGCCAGUUGGAACAAGAAUACAAAUGCGUGGCUCCGUGACGUGGCGUAUGAGCGUGGCGGCGCGGCGUGGCGAACGGCCCGUGUUUACGCUCUGUCAGCCGUAUGGCAUGGCUUCCACCCUGGAUAUUAUUUAACAUUUUUUGCCGGCGGACUCUUUACUAUUGCAGCUCGAAAGAUAAGGUAUGCCGCUCGUCCGAUGUUUCUAGACAGUGCCCCCAAGAAGCUUUUCUACGAUUGUGUUACAUUUCUCACCACUAGAGUUGCAAUGACUUACGCUACCGUGCCAUUUGUGCUCCUUCAUCUCGCACCUAGCCUCGCUUUUUACGGGAAAUUUUAUUACUCCCUUCACUUCAUCGCUUUGGGUGCUUUGUUAAUACCUGAGAAACCCAAACGAUCUAAAUCAGCACAAAUCCAAGAAAAAGGUUCAUAUAAAUCUAGUGAGGAAACAUUACCAAUUCUGGAGACAUUAGACUCGUCACACGGGAAGCUUAAAAUAACAUAGAAAAUGUAUGUAUUGUGAAAAGGCUCUGAAGAUACCUAUUUCUUAUGUUUACAUCACAAUUACAAUAAAAUCCAAAAAUAUUGUUACAAAUGAUAAUUGAUGUUAACAAUGAAUAAUUCUUAGUUCUUUGUUAAGUAUUAACUAAUUACGCACAAAAUACUGACAGUAAACAAUAUUACGUUUGUUAUAUUUGAAAACUAUUUGUUUUUAAAGUAAUAACGCGUUUUAAGCAAGUGCUCAUUACGCGUGACGUUAGAAUGAUUUAUUUUAUAUUUUCUAACAGUGUUAGGUGUCUAAUUUAUAUUAUUAUCUAUUUAUUUCAGUAUUACCUCCAAUGAUAAUACAGAUUAUGUAGGUAGUGACUCAAUUCAAUUCAUGAAUUGAUUUGAAUAUACAAGGCAGCUACAUAUUUCGUACACCUUGUGAAUGGUCCUAGCGAUAAAGGUUUAAAUUACUGAAUUGCUACAAUCAAGUAUACCUGGACCAAUAGUCGAAGCGCGUGGAAGCAAAAACCUAUCCUAAUCGCGCUUAUUGGGGCAUAUUCGCCUGUGACUUUAUGAAUCUCCGUAGUACACAUACCUUAUGUUGCGGGGAUAAGGUUGAAUUUGUUAUGAUAAUACUAUUUUGAUGCUACCUUGGUAGUAUUAUUUUUGUACAGUUCAAUACAUGCCUUAUUUUACAUAGCAAAAUACAGCUAAAAUUUAUAUUAUUUCUAAAAUAAACAUUUCUCUUUUAACAUUUCGUAUUGACAGUUGUGUAUCAGACUUGCGACCGUAAAUGAAAUAGGAAGUCAAGAUAUUACGCAUCGACCAUUGGAGAGAGAGAUUAGGUCUAGGUGCCGUGUAUACUGCCUAUAAAUAAAUAAAUAAUUCUCCUCUAUCAACACUAGUCACCUCAAUGCCUGAUUUCUACUAAACGAAGAGAAAAAAUGUGAUGUCGAUAGUGAUGUGAAACCUAAUGUUAUGUAAACAAUCAUAAUAAUGGCAGCACAUGCAAAUUGAUAACUAUACUCGGAAUUUUAAUUCCAUUCCAGAUUUGACAAUUUCAGUGUUGCAACAUUAUGACACAUAAUAAAUAGUGACGUUGCGAAAUUAUUCGAUAUGGAAAUCGAUUAUUUCUCACUCGAUUCCUCUCGUUUAUAAAACAAAUUUACUCUCGUAAACUAAGUUUAUCAGGAAAUAAAAUAUUUCUGAACCGAUAAUUUAGUUUUGACAAUUAAUUAACGAUCUGAGACUUUUCUUUUGUAAUUGUGUGUGAAAUUAAUAAAAAAAUGUGAUCAUGAAGAAACAUGACAAAUAAAACAGACAUUUUAUAAAUUGUCGCCGUCAUCGCUAUCGCUAUCGCCGUUACUCUAUGUAACAUUUAUUAUGAAUAGUGUCUUUGAUAUUUAUUGUCAAUUAACAUAUCUAGCUUACUCAUUUUUUCCUCUUCUUUGAAAACAUGGGAUACACAUUUAGACCAUUCGGUAACCGUAAUUUUUUGAAUGCCUUCCUGAAACUCAUUCACUGAUUGUUUAUCGAUUUUUGUGUUCAUCACUACACUUAUAUGUGGUAUCAUUAUUUCACAAAAUGACAGUGGUCAAUGUCAAAUCAGGAAUCGAAUUAAAAGUCUGACUAUAGGUAGUUAUAUAUAUGACAAAGAUGCACCAGAUUCUUUUUUCAAUUGAUUGUUAUUUCAUAUCUAAGUAUUAAUAAAUCCUAUUUAAGUUAUCAUUUUAUUUCAAGAAAAGGAAAGCAGUAAUAAUUUGAACGUAAAAGAUAGAAAUGAUCACCUGCUAGAUAUACGUAUUUUCGUUUUUUUAAAUAAUUUUACUUUUAAAACAAAAUUCAUAAUUUUCUGAUUGGAUACUUUAUAUUUGAGGUGAUGGUGUUGGUCGGAUUGAUAUAAGACAUGUCGUGGUAGCCCAAUAGAUAAGGGGUCCUUUUUUUUGCGCGGGGGUGCAGGUACGAAACUUUUUUUCGGGAUGUGGCUGGUUCUUUCUCCUGCUCCGAGACGAGGUUGCGAUACGUUAUCAUGCUGUAGUUCCGUAGAUAUGUCAAAUUUGUCGACAGGUACCAUAGAUAGGUAUGUUGGAAAUGAGUAACAAAUUCAUACCACAGGCUUUAAUUAAUGGCCACGUUGAGUCUGCAUACUGUAUUUACAGAAAUGUAAACAGAAAUGUAUUUCAUAGGUAUAUUCUUUAUUACUAUUAAAAAAUUCUAGUGUUACUGUUGAAACCACUAAAUGUGAUGUCAUUAUUAUACAAUUUUGUAGAUUGCUAUGUAGCUUGUAUUGAAGCAUCAUACGAUUUUUUAUAAGAAUAUGCUGUACAUUUUCUGUAUAUAACUCUGGUUACUUGUUUACCUAUUGUUGACUACUUAAAAUAUUUUUCGAAUCAACCACAUUCUUGAACCACACUAUUCAUGUUAUAAAUUUUAAAAGUAAAAUUUGUUUAAAUAAAGCAACAUAUCUUUAAUAUAAUUGUUAUUUUUAAAUUAAUAGUUUAUGUCUUACAUGUGAACAGCGGUUUACUAAAUAUAACUAAAUCUAUUUGUCAAUAAGCAGCAUUUCAUUUCUGUAGUUAUAUUUAGUAAACUACUGAGAAAACUAAUUAAAUUAAAUUUUGAGAUGUAUUAUAAAAGAAAAUAUUAGUUUGCGAUUUUAAUUUUAAUCUGGAAAGGCCAUUACAUUGCAAAAGGCAUGCAUGAUAGUAAUAGUAUCUAUAUUAAGUUAUUUAUAAACAAAUUGGAAUAAUUUCUAAUUCGUAAUUAAAAAAAAUCAAUUCUCAUUAUUUCUAAAUUAGCUUUAUAAUAAAAGCUGGAGUUUAAAAUUCGAAUUAAUCAAUUACAAUUUUAUUUAAAUUAAGUUGUCUGUUUAACCAUCCUCAAUCAAUUCGCAAGAUUUCUGUUUUUAAUAGACUUAUAGACAUAGUGACAGUUUUGUAGCUGGUAAAUGUUUGACAGUGACAAAAUAAUAUUGAUUAUUACAAACACAGAUUUAAAUGUAAAUUGACUAUAACGUGGUUUGUUGCACCUUAUUCACCUGGGCUGACUGCUGACUCUGGGUGAUAUAAUUCUAAGGUGAAAUGUCCACCUAGGUGAAAGUGGAAUAAGCCAUGCAAGUGAGUUUUACAUUAAUGAUUACAAGAAUGUAUUCUAAAUCUAAAAUAGAAUGAAUAUUGGAACCAUUGUUACUCUCAAGAUUUGGCAGGUUGUGAACAUUACACUUUGCAACAUUGCAUUUACAGAAUGCAUUAUUGUUUAUAUUUAUCAUUUGUGGUUCCAAUAAUUAUAUCUAACUAAACAUUGUAUUACAUCAAAUUUGUGGAUGUGAAACCAAUUUAAUACCUCAAACAUGGAAUUGUAUUUAUUUUUGUUACAAAUUAAUUUUAUAUUUAACCUAUUUUAUAUGGUUAGUAAAAAUAUAUUUUACAUUGAUGAUUUUUAUUGACCACCAAUCAACCCGGCUUUUUACCUUUACAGAUAAUUUCCGGCUUAUAAUUUUUAACCACAUCCUUUGCUCUCUAGUAGAUAUAUCUUACAGCACUACUCAUUAUUUGCAUUGUAUUAGUCAUUUCAUUUCUUAUUUGUUUUAAUGUUUAUAAAUGCUUGUCUUAUGCAACACAGAGCACCAGGUACAUCAUUUGUUUCAUCUAAUUUCUUCUGCAACUCCUUGAAGUCUGUGAUUUUUGGUGUAACACUUGAUACUUGAUAGCAUCCACUCUUUGUGUCUUUUUGUAAACGAACAGAGUAAUUUUCAGAUUCUUUUUUGGCUUCAGUGAAGAAUUGGACAUAAAUAGUUUGCUUUCCUGGACUUUUUGAUUCUAUUGUAUAAUACAUUUUCAAAAACUUUUUGUAAAAUUUCUUAGCCAUUAGGAAAGCUUCGUGUGUUUCUUUGAUUUCUUGCGAUAACAGUCUUUGAUCCUUUUUGUAGUUUUCAUACUGAAUCUUUUGUUGAGAGAAUUCUUCAAGUUUCUUGUCAAUAUCUUGCCUCAUUUGCUUAUUACGUUCUAUCAAAGAUUUCAACUCAUCGUCAUGGUUAUGAGUAAGAUUGCUACUCCAGUUUAACUUUUUAAGCUUGAAGCCGUUUUCUAACACGCCUAGAAAAUUGUCAUGUAUAGAUUCCACUUUACUUUCGAAUUCCAGGUAACUGGUUUCUUCGAUUCUUUUUAAAUUAUAUUGAAUAUUCCAAUUUUCUUCAAUAAUACUCAUUUUUACAGUUUUGACUUCGAAAUCAAAGAUUUUUAAACGAAA